AUGAAUCCCAACCAUCACCCUGAACAAGGGGAAUUAUUCCUCUCCGACCCUGGGCAAUCGCAGGCCGAGUCGCCCAUUGUCGGUCCGCUGCGAAUCAGCAAGAAUCAUUCCCCGCCGCCUGCUUCGCAUAACUCUCCUCUUCCAUACCCCGAUGACCGUCCAAGAUAUGCACCGCUUCAUGGUCUGGAAUCUACUGGCUCGCCCGGGGCCUACCAGGGGGACUCGCCUACGGUCCCUGGGCCUGGCGCAUCGAAGCCUUGGGAGUAUCCUACGGCCUUCCGGUCGAGGGAAGGUCGCGAACCGAAACCGGUGACGCUGGCUGAACGGCGGGCAACGUGCCCAAGCCUCUCCCCGAGUCACCUGCCGGGGACAUGCCGGACCGGGAAGCGAUGUUUGCGAGAAAGUAUCAGCGCGUUCCAGCGCCGCCGGCCUCGACCAGCCACGCUCAGGCUGAGGGAUCUGCAUAUCCGGAUUACCCGCGGCUCCCCUCCACCCCCCGAGACUCCCAUCGUUGAACCUGGCCAGCAACCGGCAUCCGACAUCGAGGCGCGGUACGCUGCGUCCGGAAUCGCGGGAACUUCAACGUUGACGGGCCUGCAGGCUCAGAGUGCCGCUGCGCAGAGAAGAGCAGAGCAGUAUGCUGGACAACAGCCGCGGAAUCAGCAACUGGUCCAGCGCCCCUGGACCCCAACUGAACAGCCGGGGUCCCAGCCCCAUGGCCCCCCCACUGUUUAUCAGGGCGACGGCGUGGUCUCCUCGGGUGACCCUCCCGCGAGCCCUUUUCCUCCUCCGCAGUCUACUGGGACUCCUUUUCCUCCCCCGCAGUCUACCGGGACUCCUUUCCACCCCCCGCAGUCUACCGGGUCCCACCCCCCGCAGUCUACCGGGUCUCCUUUUCAUCCCCCGCAGUCUACCGGGACUACAGUUCAGCAAGCGCAAGCCCAGACUCCUUCAAGAGUUCUACCCAAUGCUUUAGAGCAGGACUUGGACCGGAUGCGUAUCAGCUCUUCGCCCCCGCCCGCCUAUUCAAGUGUCUCAGGUCCCAAUGUACCCCAGGGGUAUCCGAACGAAAAGCAACGUAUGCCAGCUCAGCAACCUCAGCCCGUGCCUGAUGCUGUGCAUCCAGCCAUGAUGGGCCCUAUGAGCGCUGGAAACAUGGCCCCUGUCCCGGUGACUUCAGCUCAGGAUCAUCCAGCGUUUGCCAACGAUCCCAGGCAACAACAUCCAAUGGGCCACUCUUCCCAGGGCCACUCUCCCCAGGGCCACUCCCCACAAGACGCCGUACCGAACGGGGCGCAAGACAUACAGCCCCAGCAAGUUAUCCAGCAGACCCAGAUUGCCGCGUUGGCUUCGCCAACGGGCCUUCCGCCUGCUUCUCCCCCGCCGCUCCCAGAGGGAUGGAUAGCCCACCUGGACCCCAACUCGGGACAAUACUAUUAUAUCCACCUUCCCUCCCAGUCUACGCAGUGGGAAUUCCCAAAGGGCCCGACACCGCUGAACCUGAACGAAACGCCCUUGUCACCAGUCGGCAGCAUAUACAGCAGCCAUCCCCUGACCUCGCCUGGUUUGUCGGCAUUUGGCAAACCACUGGCCUCCCCGGGGCUUCCCAUGACCCCGGGCUUUGAGAGCUUGCAAUCCCCAGUCGUUGCGCCGACAAACGGCGUCUACUUUGGCCCAUACCUCCGCUACGCCAACAUGGAUGUGGAGCGUGGCAAAUGGCUAGGGUCCAUCCUGCUAGUCACUGACGCUCCACAGCCCCCAACGAUUCAUACCCAUCAGAGCGCGGAUCUAUCCCCCAACCCACGCCAGCUCAAACCACUCGCUAUUGCCGUCCACCAGCGGUGGACAUUCUACAAGUAUGAGCUCGACAUUCAGAUGGACGAAGCAGGACCAGCCAAAUGGACAUACGCAAUCACCUCCCACCUCGGCUGCACCCGCUACGAGUUCCUUGUCGCAGGCCGCUACGAGACGAACUGGCGCUUCGUCACAACCUCCGGCAACGACUUCUCCCUCAACAUCAACGCAAAUGAACGCUCCCGCGUCGGCGGCGAGGGCUUCAUGUGGAAGGACAUCAUGCAGAAACACACCGAGAUCGGAGGCUUCCAUGCCCAGCUCUGUCUCGGGGGGCAGAUAUAUGCUGAUCGCAUGUGGAAGGAAAUCGCUUCGCUCAGGCAGUGGCUUACGAUCAGUGGUAAGGAAGCGAGAAAAACCUCGCCGUGGUCGGCUGCCCUUGAGGAGGAUGUCUCGCGAGCGUACUUCCACUACUAUACGAGCCAUUUUGAUCAGCCUUAUUUGAGAGAGUCGUUUGCGCAGAUUCCUUAUAUUUGUCAGAUUGAUGAUCAUGAUAUAUUCGACGGUUUCGGAUCCUAUCCCGAGCACAUGCAGUUCUCCAACAUGUUCAAGAACAUAGGGCGCGUUGGAAUCGAGAUGUACCUGCUCUUCCAGCACCACACCUCGCUGGAGAUCCUGCGCAAUGUCAGCACAGACACCGAUCUGUUCACAAUCACCGGGACAGGGUGGCACUUCGUGAAGUUCCUUGGACCAGCAGUAGUAGUCGUCGGCGUCGACUGCCGGUCCGAGCGAAACCCACACCAAGUGGUAGCAGGUCCAACAUACCAAGGCAUCUUCCCCAAGAUAGCGAUGCUCCCACCGUCCGUACAGCACUGUCUGUGGAUGAUCUCCGUGCCUGUCAUCUACCCACGGCUGGAGACUGCAGAGCACAUUGCGCAUACUGUGACCUCGGGGAAACGAGCCAUCACGGGUGCAUACAACGUUCUGGGAAAGGUCACUAGCUCUGUUGCUGGGGUUGUGGGCGCGAAAGAUAUGGUGGGCUCUGGGUUUGACUCUGUCAAGCGCGCCGUGGGCAAGUCUGGCCUCAUGGGUGGUAUAUUGAGUCCUUUUGGCGAGUUUGACAUGAUGGAUGAGCUUAGAGAUCAGUGGACACAUGAAUCCAAGGACCUCGAACGAACCUACCUCAUCCGCACCCUCCAGGGCAUCGCGCACCAAAAGUCCCUCCGAAUGACCUUCCUCUCCGGCGCCGUCAACGUCUGCGGCGCCGGCCUAGUCCACGACCCCAGCCACCCCUCCGACCAUAAAACAAUGUACCAGCUCAUCUCCUCCGCAGUGGUAAACAGCCCUCCCCCGUCAUACAUCCUCAAACUCCUCCACAACAACAACAAGCCCAUCUACAUCCCCGCCAACGGCCACCGCUCCACGCCCUCCCAACCAACGGAUACCAAAGAGGACAUGAUGGAGAUCUUCCAGUCUGAUGUGACGGGCCAGGCCCGUGAGCACCGCAAGCUGAUGGGGAGGCGCAAUUAUGUCGCGAUUGUGGCUUAUGAUCCUGAGACUGUGAAUAACGGUUAUGGGCCGGCGUUUCCGGGUCAUGGCGGGAAGCUGAAUCUGGCGGCGGAUUUUAUGGUCCAGGGGGAGGGCGCUUAUGGGAGUGUGGUUAAGUAUGGGCCUGUUAUUGUGCCGAGCUUGGAGCUGGGGAAGUGAUGACACGCUUGUUUGCUUGAUUGACUUGGGUUGGUUUGGGUGUUUGAUCUUGAAAAUCGUCCUUGUUGUUGUCACUGUCACUGUCACUGUCACUUGUUGAUGGUGAUAUCUUCUGAUUCUUCUUCUUCUUUCUUCUUCUUCUUUCUUCUUCUUAUUUUUCUCCAUCUUCUUCUUCAUUUUGAUCUUCUUCUUUUAACCUUCUCAAUAUCCU